GGCGCAACCCCGUCGGACGCGAGUCGCGGUGUCCCCGCGCCGGCCAGCAUGCUGCUGCCCCAGCUCUGCUGGCUGUCGCUGCUCGCCGGGCUGCUCCCGCCGGCGCCCGCUCAGAAGUUCUCGGCACUCACGUUUCUGAGAGUCGACCAGGACAAAGACAGGGACUGCAGCCUGGACUGCGCCGGCUCUUCGCAGAAGCCUCUGUGCGCCUCUGACGGGCGGACCUUCCUGUCCCGCUGCGAGUUCCAGCGCGCCAAGUGCAAGGACCCCCAGCUGGAGAUCGCCUACCGAGGGAACUGCAAAGAUGUGUCCCGGUGUGUGGCCGAGAGGAAGUACAGCCAGGAGCAGGCCCGGAAGGAGCUCCAGCAGGCCUUCAUCCCCGAGUGUAACGACGACGGCACCUACAGCCAGGUCCAGUGUCACAGCUACACGGGAUACUGCUGGUGCGUCACACCCAACGGGAGGCCCAUCAGUGGGACUGCUGUGGCCCACAAGACACCCAGGUGCCCGGGUUCUGUAAACGAGAAGUUGCCCCCGCGGGAAGGUGCCGGGAAAGCAGAUGAUGCCACAGCUCCAGCGCUGGAGACACAGCCUCAAGGAGAUGAGGAAGAUAUCGCGUCUCGCUACCCCACGCUCUGGACGGAGCAAGUGAAGAGCCGGCAGAACAAAACCAGCAAGAACUCAGUGUCGUCCUGUGACCAGGAGCACCAGUCGGCCAUCGAGGAAGCCAAGCAGCCCAAGAAUGACAACGUGGUGAUCCCCGAGUGUGCCCACGGCGGCCUCUACAAGCCGGUGCAGUGCCACCCGUCCACCGGCUACUGCUGGUGCGUGCUGGUGGACACGGGGCGCCCCAUUCCUGGCACGUCCACCAGGUACGAGCAGCCAAAAUGUGACAACACCGCCAGGGCGCACCCGGCCAAGGCCAAGGACCUGUACAGGGGCCGGCAGCUGCAAGGUUGUCCUGGCCCCAAAAAGCACGAGUUUCUGACGAGCGUCCUGGAUGCGCUGUCCACGGACAUGGUGCACGCGGUGUCAGACCCGUCCUCCUCGCCCGGCAGGCUCUCGGAACCCGACCCCAGCCACACGCUGGAGGAGAGGGUCGUGCACUGGUACUUCAAGCUGCUGGACAAGAAUGCCAGCGGCGACAUCGGCAAGAAGGAGAUCAAACCCUUCAGGCGGCUCCUGCGCAAGAAGUCCAAGCCGAAGAAAUGCGUCAAGAAGUUCGUGGAGUACUGCGACGUGAACAACGACAAGUCCCUGUCCGUCCAGGAGCUCAUGGGCUGCCUGGGCGUGACCAAGGAGGAGGCCAGAGCCAGCACCAGGAAGCGGCACACCCCCAGAGGCAACGCUGAAGGCACGCCCAGUAGACAGCCCAAGAAGCAAGGCUGAAGGGCCCCCGCAUGCCAGGAGGCUCUGAGACACGGGCGACCCCGCGGCAAAGCAACCCCACACGUCCCACUCCCGCCUGUUCCCCGCACGUAAAGUCGACUCUGUAGAAACGGGAUACUGCCACAGACCACUCCCCUCGGGAAACUGAAGUCCUCGGCCAUUGCUCACGUCCGGCGCGUGUGUCCUCUCUUGAUCUCCUUGUUGCACCUGCUGGAGAUGUGCUUUGAGUGCCCUGGAGCUUAAUGUCCUCGCUCUGCCCGCGGAAACCCUCAGACCUUGGCAGGAGGCGCCCAGGUCCAUCCCACAACACCCCGCUCCCCAGCCGUCACAUGCGUGGCCUGGCCCUGAGCCAGGCCUGUCAGCGGUCAGCACACACUUCUGGGGUGUGUGUCUCCUGGGGUUUGAGUUUCUUUCCUUUGCUGUCCAGGGAUGGCGCUCGCCCUGCCAAUCAGGCCAGCCCCCAGCCCUGGUGGGAGGGGGCUCUCGCACUCGCCUUGCCGGGAUGGUUGGGCUCAGGCUACGUCUGCUCUUCCACGUCAAGCGUCCAUUGGCGCUGACGUUGGCAUUGGCGUUGGCCUUGAGCGUGGACAGUUCCUGCCAGUAAGUCGUCAGCCUGGGCGGCCCCCUCCACAGGAGUGGGCCCAGCCCUGUGCUCCCACAGCCGCUCACACCCUGGCGCCUGCUUCUCACUUGGUUCCAGCCGUGGUGACCCUGGGGCCACCCCUGAACAGAUCACGGACAGUCCUCGAGCAGGGGAGACAGUGUGCUCGGCACUGACCACGUGGGCGCCUUCCUUCUGGACACCUCCAGAGAGGGGGUCAUACGGCGGCCCUCAUGAGAGGACAAUCGGGAACGGAACGCAUGCGUCUCAAGCCACGGACCGGCUGUGCACCCUCUGCCGCCACCCCCAGACCUGGGCCCUACGGAGCCACGGGAGGAGGAGGAGCAGAGCAGGGUGGGUGCGAGGCUGCCUGAGCUGACUUUGGCUCCGCCCCAAGUCCCCCGCAGGUGUCGAGUGGAGCGGUGCCAGCAGGACAGACGCCUCAGAGACUCCACGCCUGCAGGCCGGCUCGUGCACGUGUCCAGGUGGUUGGAGAAACAGUUACAACCCUCAAUGUUUUGGAUAAUCUUUUGUACUUCUGAACUUUGAAUUUAAUCAUGUUUCUUAGAGUACAAUAAAACAUGCUAUCCGAACGGCCUGG